AUGACUGAAAUAAUAUAUGGAGUUUUGAAGAAAAACAACUUACCGGGUGUUAUCUUUACUGUUUUAUGUGGAGGAGCUGAGUUUGGUGAAGCCAUAGAGACAGAUACAUGUAUUCCUCUGAUUUCAUGCUCCGAAAGUAUCAAGGUGAAGCUAAUGGUUCAACAGACGGUUAAUCAGAAUUUUAGUACAUGCUUGCUGGAAUUUAGUAGCAAAACUGCCAUAAUUGUAAUGGAAGAUGCGUACAUUUCACUGGCUGUCCGUUCUGUUUUGAUUGUUGUUGUUGGUACAGUUGGAAAACGCUGCACUACAUGUCGUAGGCUGCUCAUUCAUAACAACUAUACAUCUAAAACAGGUGCUGGAGUUGUUGGAUUAACUCCAACAUAG